AUGGCCGCGUCGUCUACCGACGGUGGAUGGUCAUUUGAUCUCAGAAGCUAUGACAACUUUUGCUCUUCUUCAUCCCCUUCGCCAGCUUCGUCACCUCCAUCGCUGUCGACGGAUGCUCAACUUCUCAAGGAUAUCGACUUGACCUCCCGCAACGACGAAGCGCAGUACAAACCCAACCCUUGGUCUAUCGCGAAGAUCAAUGCUGCAUCGAGACCGAAAGCAGAUAUGGAAAUAGGCAUCAUGACAGGCUCCCUGAUGAUGGAGAAGAAACUGAAGAAGCCAAAGGGCUUAAUUGUGGACUUUCUGAGAAAGCAAGCGGAAGGUGCGAAGGACACUAAAGCGGACGGUCUCAAACCCGGACUUCCUCUUCCUAACAUCCCUUCCUCUUUGAAACAACAUCGCAUACGCCCACACUUUACGCACUUGUCUCCUGUGGUUACUCGCCCUAGUGUCUCUUCUUCCAAGCUCUCCACUGACUUGCAAGUGGACAUCAACCCCGUCGCCGAGAAACUCGCACCUUGUCCUAUCUUAGACGAUCCUGCCGCUCUUGAUACAUUGUCCUCGGGUAUCUGGCCCAACGAAAACUCAAACGCUCCGAGAACUUGUGAACCUGCUCAACCAACUUACUUCACGCGCCAUACCACGCAUAUACCCACUAAUACUGCUGAUAACCAACUGACUCUCGAUCCUGUCUCAGUUACUCAUGCUGCAUUACCCGUAGCAACUUCGGAUCCCCUCUCUCGCAUUUUUAGCUCAUCUGACUUUGGCGCCCACAACACUCGUCGCCUAAUGGAUGAAGCGUUGCCUUUGGUGGACAUCAAACCAGUCUCUGCAAGCAAUUCCAUCGCCCUUGAACCUCGAACGAAGCUAGCGUACUCGGAUAUUAUCACGAAUAAUUCCGAAUUUGUUUCUUCAUCUUCUCCUGAACGCAAAUUUCAGUCCAAGCGUUCGUACCCUGCACCGGUUGUAUCCUUUUCUUCGCCGCCUAGUCCACCCUCCGAACGCUGGCCCUUUGCGUCGAAUCCUAGCUCCGUAUACAGAACACAGAUGCCCACUCCGCCCACUCUCCACCCUCAAGUGGCAGGACCGAGAUCUAGAUUAGACUUCGUACAAGCAAACGAAGUUGGUGCUCAAGAAGGUAAGCUGUAUCGGGAACUGGAUUAUAAGACGAGUUCAAUGACACCGAAUACACUCUCAGACCUAGAUCCCCGUCUUCAAUCGUAUACGCAUCCAGUUUAUCAGGAAUCUCUUGAGACGAACAGGCCAAGCAUGUAUCCAGAUUUGUCGGAGCGUAGAGUGCCGUUCGUUAACCACUCGGGCUCCGUCUUCGAAGACGGUGCUGAAAACAUCCGAUAUGAACAUGAGGCGCCUAGAGCGAGCACACCGACCGUCAUUCAUCAUAUCGUUCAGCCUCCGCCAUCUCCUCCAACCUCAUCACCGCACGGCCCAAUCCAGAACAAUCGACCGUCUGUCACGAAACGACGACGCUCGUCUGCGGCCCCUUCGCGUUCACCGCCUUCGCGCGUUCGAUAUCGCACCCCCACGGACGCAUAUAGACACCCUGUUUUCGAAAAAUCCCCUGAUGAAGAAUGGUCCACAUUAUUCCCCAAACGUCGCCAGAAGUUGCCGGCGACCGGAAAGGAAAUGGUGAGGAAAUCUGGGAAAUUUCGUAUCCCGCUCUUGCUCGCUAGCGGGAGCGGAGAGGUAGGCUCCCGGCGUCUAAAUUCAGACGCAAAGCCAAGUGAAAGCAGUGGUGAAGGCACGUCCAAGAGAAAUGUACACUUAUACCGUCCGCCACCACGCACUGCUGUUGCAUCGACAACGCCGCAUAGCGGCAAUAGAACGACGAGAGGGAAGGCUGCAUAUCACACUACACGCAUGGCUUCACUCCCAUCACCGCCGACUUCGGACGUGCCUCUACACCCGACAGACAUAGACAUUGACAACGAUAGAAGCGAUGGGACAUCGGUCGGUUUCGAUAUGGAAACUGUGGGUGCACGGUAUGCUACCGUCAGGAGGUUGGGAAAGGAGGUGCGUUGUGUCUCCCUCCCGGUCAAUUCAAUUCUCCUCUCGAUUAUCACCCUGGUAAAUUUACAUUCCUUCAUUUGGCUUCUGCAUUGA